AUGUCGAGCACGUACUCUCAGACCAGCUACGCAUCGAGCGACUCUAGUGUCAGCUCCAGCGUGCGGUGGAAAAGCGACGGCUCUGACUUGGAAUCGGACGACGACCAGGCAGGCUCCUGCGAGUCCGAAUCCGAAUCCGAAUCCGAGUCUUUCUCUACGCCUACGAUUUGGGACGAUAUCAUCUGCGAAAGUGACCAGCUUGCGGGCGACAACUACGAUCUUACCGAUUCAGAGGAGGGCCUCUUCAAUACCAUCCGGGACGAGGCUAUCUGCGUCGACGAUCCCCCUGUUCUUUUCCAGCCCGCCCAAGCUUUGUUCUGGGGCACGCCACUUCUGCCUAGCUAUCCUUCGAAACACUCGUAUCUAGCUGGCGGUUCUGCUGGGACUGAAGAGACGAUGGCUAUGGUACUAAAUCCGAGAUUCGAGGCUCUCAGGCAGAGUAACGAACUAGAGAGGAGAGUGGGAGUGGAUGCUGGCACCGCAGAGGUGAACAGUACGGGGUCCCUGACCAAGAGAGACGAAAACAUCCCGUCCUGGCUUGAAAAGGCUUCUUUCGAUAUUCGUGGUGCUGGACGCCAGAAUGUGCCUCCGGCUUCGAACUCGUUCUCGUCCAACCUCGCAUCAAUUUUGCCUCAGAACACCAUCACUCAUGCUCACGCUCAUCACACUCAGUCUCACACCCUCGCUCGUGCUGACCAGGCCCAUACUCGAGGUUUCGACUCUUCUAUCCCCUUACACCCUCCAGCGUCCCUUGCAUCACGCACGCCACAUGCUAUACAACCACCACCAGAUCCUCCUACUCUUUUCGUUUCCACGCCCACUCCUUCUCAUCUUGUGGACUCUUCGACACAUGCUACACCUAGUCUCUCGCGCCAUCGCCUUCCACUAUGUGACCUGGCCGCUGCUCCCUCGGCUAAUUCAUGGCGCCACCCGUACUCUGUAACUCGCAACACUGGCGACAUGGGGGUCCCUAGGCAGGUCAACGUCUUCGGAUGGCAGUCCCCCACUCGAAGGAAGAACGCUACAAAGCCUGAGGAUCACUGCAUAGCACCUCACGCCGGUGUCAGUGAAUCGUCUUCGACAUACAAGACCCACGGCUGGCUUACUUCUUCCGCUUCCAGAGUCUUCGCGCCUCGAACGGUCUGA